GCAAAUUCGCAAUAUCUUUCAUCCAUCUCUCUCUCCACACAACACUCAACAAAAAGCCUAAUUUAGGACACUAUAAACCGAUUCCUUCCACUCCAGAUCUCUGGAUUUCUUCACCCAAAAUGUUUCUCUUGGACUGGUUUUACGGCGUCUUGGCAUCUCUCGGCCUGUGGCAGAAGGAAGCUAAGAUUUUGUUCCUUGGCCUCGAUAAUGCCGGCAAGACUACGCUCCUUCACAUGCUCAAGGAUGAGAGAUUAGUACAACAUCAGCCCACGCAGUAUCCCACCUCCGAAGAGCUGAGUAUUGGCAAAAUUAAGUUCAAGGCUUUUGAUUUGGGAGGUCAUCAGAUCGCCCGUCGAGUUUGGAAGGAUUAUUACGCCAAGGUUGAUGCUGUAGUUUACCUGGUAGAUGCAUAUGACAAGGAGCGGUUUGCAGAAUCCAAGAAGGAACUUGAUGCUCUCCUUUCUGAUGAGGCCCUUGCAAAUGUCCCAUUUCUUAUUUUGGGAAACAAGAUCGACAUACCAUAUGCUGCCUCAGAAGAUGAGUUGCGUUUUCACCUUGGCCUGACUGGUGUAACUACUGGUAAAGGGAAGGUUAAUCUAGCAGAUUCAAAUGUGCGGCCUUUGGAGGUGUUCAUGUGCAGCAUUGUGCGCAAGAUGGGCUAUGGUGAUGGAUUCAAAUGGGUCUCUCAGUAUAUAAAGUAAGGGUAUCAUUUAGCAUAAUGUCUAGUAGGUAUCAGCAACGCUUCUUUCUUGAAGAAGAGGGGAAGAAAUGCCCCUCUACCAAAACAAAGAUGGAAUGGAAAGGGAGAAAAUUCAUUUCUUUCAGGUUGAUUCAGUUUGCUAGUUGUUGAAACUUGUAUGCUUUGUGCCUUGAAUUUGCUAGGCAAGGUGAAAUUCGACUGCACCUGCUCUGUACAAUUUUUAUAUCAAAUUUGGUGGUCUACGAGGUUUUUAUAUCCCAGAGUAAGUUGCCUGUUCUACUGUGAACUUGGGUAGCUCUAGAAAAUUGGAUAUAUUCUCUUUGUUGUAACUUCUGUAGAAAAUACUGUUGUUUUUCUUCAA